AUGAAGUCCUCGAAGCUGCGGCAUGCGUGGACCUUCUUCCUUGAAUCCACCGAGCUGAAGGUCGAGCUGGAGCACAGUCGCUUUUCUGGGAAGAAAAAGGUGUUGGUGGACGGAAAGCCGGUCUUUGCGACCACCGAGAAGCAGUUGUCUUGGUGUUGGGAACAUCCCAACACAAAGGCAAAGAUUCUGCUGGAAUCCGAGAACGGCAGACAUUCGUUGAGAUGUGAAGAGCCCGAGAAGCUGGAACAAGGGCCAAAUGAACAGCUCCAGAGUGUGAGCCCAAGAUCAUGUAGGUCCACUACGUCUGUGACUGGAAGCAGGACUCCUAAGACACCGGCGGCUGAGAUCGAUAUGGCUGCCGAGGAGGUCCGGCAAAGCCUUUUUGGGAGCUUUUCCGACGAGCUGCAGGAGCACAUGGAUGCACUGGACGAAGAGAUUGCAGAAGAGGCCAUUCCCUCGUUUCCGUCUUGCUUGACUACCAGAUCACAGAGACGAGUCUCUCAGGAGGAGGUUGAUACUGAAACAGCUCGGCUGAAUGCCUUGCUUGGAGUCAAGAACGCACAGAUUGCGGCCCUCCAAGAUGAGCUGCGACGCUGUGCUCUGAGCAAAGAGGGACCUGCCCCGGCCGUCGAUGCCACGCCGCAUGCAGCGCCAGCGCCUGCAGCGCCCGAGCCGGUGAGCCCCAUCCAGCAACUGGAGGGGCCGAAGCAGCCUGAGCACUUCCUCGUUGCAGAACUUCCCACGCUGCCAGUCACGCCGGCCAGAGAGCGGGUCGUAACUCCAAGAAGACCGGCUUCAAGGAACUGCUCUCCAGGCCCCAAUCACCAGCAGCCCCAGCCAUCGCCGGCUGUUCGCCGGAGCAGCUUGGAUGAUGAGGAACUUGAUGUAUCGCAUCGCAGAGGGCCGGUGGUGUCCACUCCAACACCAGGUACACCCUGUGCAGCAGGCCGCUGCAUGACUCCACCAAGGGUAUCUCCAGUCGUCGUUCAACGUUAUGUGGCCACACCCAGAAGAGCUCUUACUCCGCCGAGAAGGGUGGUGGUUGCCCCGCAGGUUGAAGCUCCUGAUACUCCGAUUGCACGGCUGCGAGGCCGUGCUGGCAGCAUGCCACCACCUCAGCAGGCGCUACGAACCUUGCUCCGGAAGGCCCGGCCGCGCCUCGACGCCUUAUCGCAGCCUGUCGGUGCAGCCACCGCAGCGAUGGAGGAGCAGCACUCCGGGGCCCCAGCACCGAUCCACAGCAGCGGAUGCAAUGCUGCAGGUUCCGCGCCCGGUCUUGCAUGCACCAAUGCAGUGCCACCCGCCUCCAAGAUCCUUGGUGGCAGGCGGUGUGCAAGCCAUGCCACUUCAGCCGUUUGGGGCUUAUGGAUAUGGUUGGGUCGCAUGGACGAGCUGAGAGAUUUCCAUUUCCUCACCUCCAAGACGCACGCUGUGAAGUAUUUCCGCGUGCCCGAGUGGAUGGACACCGACAAGGACAACAAGCUGAGCCUGGAAGAGCUGAAAGAAGCUAACCAUAAGGCAGGCAUGAGCAUGCCAAACAUCGACCCUGAGGAAAUCAAGAAGCAGUUUGCAAAGGAGGAAGCCAAGUUCCACGAGCUAGAUGUGAACAAGGAGGGUGUACUUGGGCAGGAAGAGAUGAUCCUUUUCUUCCAUCCCAAUCUCGAUCGAAGGGUGUCCCUCAUCGAAACCAAGCACCUGAUGGAAAUCUCAGAUUUUGACCAUGAUGGUUUUUUGUCCAAGGCCGAGUUCGAGGCCCGGCAGUUCCCAGCAGAUUUUGAGAAGGUGGACGUGAAUGGAGAUGGGAAGCUAGAUACCGAAGAGAUGCAUGAGUGGUCUGCGGGCCUCCUCGAAUUCAUCUCCAUCAUGAUGCGAGUGCGUGACAUUGCAGACCAUGACAAAGAUCAAGCCCUAUCACUGGACGAGCUGCUGAAAACGCGACAGUCAAUCUCGAAGGAAGGUGUGGAUCAUGUGUUCCGCAGCUGGGCAGCGAUGCAUAACGAGCUUUAGACAGUGUGGGGCCCACGUCACCUGCAAAUCACCGAGGCAAAACAGAGCCCAGGAAUUGCGAAAGUAUACUUGAUGGACACAAGACGCGUUUAGCAACGGGCACGCAGGUUCGCUCUCGCCGUGCAAAGAUGAAGUUGCAAUAUUGUUGCAAUUGUCGGCUCAAGUAUACUCUGCUGCAUAUUGUAUAGC